AUGGCGGCCUCCACGGCCUCACAGAGGCCCAUCAAGGGGAUCCUGAAGAACAAGUCCUCGACGACUUCCUCAGUGGUGGCCUCGGCCGAACAGACCUGCCGAAAUGAGGAGGAGCAGAGUAAAAAAUCCCAGCGCUGGGAUGAAAUGAACAUCAUAGCAACCCAUCACCCGGUCGACAAAGACUACGGCUUGAUGAAGAUAGACGAGCCCCGCACGCCUUACCAGCGCCGGGCAGGCGACGACGACGCGGCCUAUAGUGACACUGAGACGGUCGCCGAGGCCGUGGCCCCCGAUGUCCUGGCCAAGAAGCUGGCGGCCCUCGAGGGCUCCGAACCCAAGUACCGCCUGCAGGAGCAGGAGAGCAGUGGGGACGAGGACAGCGACCUCUCCCCCGAGGAGCGGGAGAAGAAGCGACAAUUCGAGAUGAAGAGGAAGCUGCACUACGACGAGGGGCUGAACAUGAAGUUAGCCAGGCAGCUGCUUUCCAAAGACAUGCUUGAGGAGGAGGAUGAGGAGGACACGCUAGCGACUGCAGACGGGCAAAGCAUGACUAUUGACCAGUCUAAGCAGGAAUCUAUGGUCAGUGACCAACAACAAGACAAAUCGUAA